AUGGCUACCGAGGACACCAACCGCAAGUCUAGUGCUACUGUUGUUGCUGCUGUCCCGUACGUGUUCUUGCCUUUUCUGUUAGAGGUCCUGUCACAGUUUCUUGUUCUACUCUUUGCUCUAGAUAUGUUCGGUCACCUGACAGUGAAAAGUGAUGUUUACAGCUUUCGUGUUAUUGUUCUUGAGAUCCUCACUGGAAGACGAGCUGUGGACAAGACCAGGCCUAGUAGGGAGCACCACCUAGUCCAGCACAUGCGGUCAUGGCUCAAAGACCUAGAAAAUCUAGGAAAAAUCAUGGACCCUGCUUUGGAGGAGUUUUCUCCCGUUCUGUCAUGGUCAACCCGGCUGAACAUCGCGGUGGGCGCCGCCAAGGGCCUCGCCUUCCUUCACGACGCGGAGAAGCCCGUCAUAUAUCGCGACUUCAAGGCAUCCAACAUCUUACUCAAUCCAUACUACAAGGCGAAGCUAUCUGAUUUUGGCCUUGCGAAGGAUGGACCGGAAGGCGACGAAACCCAUGUCUCAACACGUGUCAUGGGCGCCCAUGGCUACGCCGCACCAGAGUACAUCCUAACCGGUCACUUGACAACGAAAAGCGAUGUUUACAACUUUGGUGUCGUUCUUCCGGAGAUCCUCGCUAGAAGACAGACAGUGGACAAGACCAGGCCUAGUAGGGAGCAUCACCUAGUCCAGCACAUGCGGUCGUGGCUCAAAGACCCAGAAAAACUAGGAAAAAUCAUGGACCCUGCUUUGGAGGGUAAGUAUGCCACCACGGGGACUCAUAAGGCAGCCCUGGUGGCAUACCAGUGCCUGAGUGACAGCCCAAAGAGCUGGCCAGACAUGUCGAAGGUCGUGGAGGACCUAGAACUGUUGAUCAACCUCGUGGAUGAUGUUCCCAGUGAGGCGGUGAUGCAUGUAGCUUCACAAGAUGACACUAGGAAGGAAAGAACAAGAAGAAGAAAUGGAGAGAGGGAGAGCAAUAACGAGGGUCACCGGAAUAAAGCCAGGCCUCCGAAGAAGACCGUUAGAGGGAGGGGGAACCAAAGCGAGGAGCUUUGGGAGCGGAACAUGCCUGGAGAAGGGAAGAUCUAG